AAUUGUUUGUAACUUUGAAGCUUAUAUUUUAAAAACAUGAAAGUAGCAGUAAUUGGAGCAGGGAUAAAUGGACUAGUUGCUGCAUAUGAAUUGGCAAAAUCUGGUGUCAAAGUUGUGGUUUAUGAGAAGGAACAUUAUCUAGGCGGCCAUGCUAAGACCGUUACUGUCAAUGACAUCGAUCUUGACCUUGGCUUUAUGGUCUUCAACGGGGAAACUUAUUCGAACCUGAUAGAAUUUUUUGAGUUGCUCGGAGUUGAUAUGAACAUCUCUGAUAUGUCAUUCUCAGUGAGCUUAGACCAAGGCCGUGGUUGUGAAUGGGGUACUCGAAAUGGAUUCUCUAGUUUGUUUGCACAGAAGAAGAAUGUACUGAAUCCAUAUUUUUGGCAAAUGAUAAGAGAAAUUAUCAGAUUCAAACAGGAUGUCAUAAGUCACCUUGAAGAAUUGGACAACAAUCCUGACAUUGAUCACAAUGAAACAUUAGGACAAUUUAUUAAGUCACAUGGCUAUUCGGAGCUAUUUCAGAAGGCUUAUCUG